CUGAGGAUCUCCCCGGGCCUGGACCAGAUGGGCUCCCUGAACUGGGACCUGGCCCUGUGUCUGCUCCUGGCCUGGGUCAUGUGCUACUUCUGCAUCUGGAAGGGGGUGAAAUCCACCGGGAAGGUGGUCUACUUCACCGCCACCUUCCCGUACCUGAUGCUGAUCGUGCUGCUGAUCAGAGGCCUCACGCUGCCGGGGGCCGCCAUCGGGAUCAAGUUCUACCUUUACCCCGACCUGGGGAGGCUGGCCGACCCACAGGUGUGGAUGGACGCCGGGACCCAGAUCUUCUUCUCCUACGCCAUAUGUCUGGGCUGUCUGACCGCUCUGGGCAGCUACAACAAGUACAACAACAACUGCUACAGGUGUGUGCGUCUGUGUGGGUGUGUGCGGGUCUGUGUGGGUGAGUUUCCCCCCAGGUGCUGCGGGCGCCCCGCCGGGGACUCCGACCACGGAGAACCAACGCCAUCGCCCCCCCCAUCGGAGGAGAAGAUGGAGGAGCGGGGCCAGUGGAGCAACAAGCUGGAGUUCAUCCUGUCGGUGGCCGGGUCCAUCAUCGGCCUCGGCAACAUGUGGAGGGCCCGGCGGGGUGCGUUCCUCAUCCCCUACCUGAUCUUCCUGUUUACCUGCGGCGUCCCGGUCUUCUUCCUGGAGACGGCACUGGGCCAGUACACCAGUCAGGGAGGCAUCACCUGCUGGAGGAAGAUCAGCCCCCUGUUCGAAGGUAAGGCCAGGUGGGCGGGGCCAGUACGGCCAGGUGGGCGGGGCCAGUACGGCCAGGUGGGCGGGGCCAGGGCCAGGUGGGCGGGGCCAGGUCUGGGUUACGGCACCCAGGUGAUCGUCACCCUGCUGAACUUCUACUACAUCGUGGUCCUGGCCUGGGGAAUCUUCUACCUGUCCUUCUCCUUCUCCUGGGACCUGCCCUGGUCCUCCUGCAACAACACCUGGAACACAGGUAGCACACAAGGAAUUUACAAGUCCAAAAUUCAGUAUAAAUGA